GAAAUAGAAGUUCACAACGACUGUCACGAACACAACGUUCUGAGAGAAAAGUUUGCAUGUUCUAUUAUUAUAGUAAAUGGCAACAACUUAAAUAGGUCGUCUUACUAUAAUUGAAAAAUCAUAUUUACUUUCCUCAUUAUGUUUAAAGUUCCCAAACGACAAACUUCACAGAUCGUGACAGAGAUAGAGGGUGUUGAUUGUAGGUUCAUAAACUAAAUAAUCUGUCAAAAGUCGCUCUCACCUGUAAACAUAGACGUCCUUUGAUAAUAAACAAACAAUACAUACAUGUAGUGUGGACACAAAUUCGGACGUCGGAGAUCAUGUCAGUGGAUAGUUAAUUAAAAUUAAAAUUAAAAUUAAAACGUAUUACCAGGAUAUUUGAGAUUACACACGAAGAUAGACGCCCACAACUGUAAAAGUAUGCAUUGUAUUUGUCAAUUACCUGCUAUCAGUUUUGAGAAAAUAAGAAAUACAUACACCUGUAAAUACUGAAGACAUAAAGACAGCUGUUGGGAACCAAAAUAUUGUGACAUUUAUUAUGAAAGGAGAAUAAAUAAAAUAAAAUAGGAUUUAAUAUAACGUUUAAACCAGUAAACAGACCGUGAAAGAGGAAAAAUAAAAGAUAGGAUCACAGUAAAUAGAAAGAAACUUUUAUGUUUUAUGUUAUUUAAUCUUGUGCAGUGCAACCAGGUGUAAUGUUAUCAUCUAGCAUCUUGGACAUAUAUUCCUAAACUUCAAAUCUUCACAUGUUCAAGAAAGUUCCUGAAGUAGUGUUUUCUGAUGUUGGAGAGGACGAGUCGUAUACAAUCGACUCAUUUCGACACGUGGCAGAUCGUCUAAAUCUGUCGUCGGAGGAACUUCAGACAAUCUUUUCAGCAGUCGACAGUGACGACGAUGGUGUCAUUACUAAGAAAGACCUAUGUUCACCUUCGCCAAGUCCAAGACGGAAAGGUGGUCAAACAUCGGAAAUGUUACCACCACUAGAAGAUAAUGAUACAAUUAAAACGGAUUUAGAUGUUUUGUCUGAGAAAAGCCAAGAACAAGUGUGUGAUCUUUACCAACAACUGCAUGCCUCAGACAAUCCAGAACUCCUCCAACAUUUCGAAUCAAUCAUCCUCGGUGUUAUAAAAGAUGUCAGUACGUACAAAGUGGAAAACCAACGACUGGAGAAAACAUUUAAAAAAGAAAAAAUCCAACAUGACAAACAUCUACGACAACUGGAAGAAGAAAUGGAAAGAGAAAUGUCAAAAAUGGAAGAAAGAAUAAGGGAAAAAGAACAAAGAAAAGUGCAACAAGAAAAAGCUCAACUAAAGAAAGAACUAGAGACAGAGUUGUUAACAUGUCAACAAAGUUACAAUGUCAUGCAACAGGAAGGACUAGGGAAAGAAAACAAAGAAAUGGAAGAACAACUUUUGAAUUUACAGAAAUCAUUAAAUGAUAUAUCAGUGGAAAAUAGACAAUUAAGGAGUGAAUUAACGGACAAUAAAACAAAUAUGGCAGUAGUGCGGACAGAGUUAUCAACGUAUAAACAAUCAUACAAUGAAAAAGUCAGAGAAUUACACUUGGAGAAAGCCACUGUAGCAGAUAUAAUAAAAGAACAAGACAACUUGACACGACAGUUACACUUAUUACACAAUGCUAACAAACAACUACAUGACCAUAACGAUGAUUUGAUUGAAUCUUUCGAGAAGCGAGCACCAAAUAGACAGCUGUCAUCUGUAUCAUUACCUAACUCAAUAGCAGGUGACAGAAGAGGCUCAUUAAUGAGUGACUAUCUACCUAGCGGACCAUCAUCGCACAAUUACUUAAUGGGAUACCGCUAUGAUUAUCGAGUACGAUCAUUAAAUAUAAGCCCCACACCCUCGCUGGCCGAGGAUUUACAACAAACAAACAACGUGUCAGUUAAUGCAUUCUCUCUACCAGGACAGUCACCACGUGUCAUCAGGGCUAUAUUACCACGUGACGAGACUUGUGAAGACGAUGAUGCGGAUGAAAUUGCAGACAGUGGACAUUCUACCCUUCGAGAUUUGAAUGAUGACUCUGAUCCUGAGGGCCAAAAUCCUGACGACGAUUACUAUAGACGAUCACAUAACAAUAGAAGACAUCGGAGAGAAUCUAGUUAUAUGCGAAAAAAUGAGGAAAAUGAUUCACAUGAUGAGGUCGAAACAGAAUCUGAAAUGGAUCAUUUACAUUCUAAGCCCAUAAGAAGAUACGACCCCGUAAGAUUAAGUUCUGGAAGUAAUAGCAGCAGGAAGUCACGGACAAGGUCAAAGAACAGGGAUAGGGAUAGGGAUACAGAUCAUGGAGGCAGAUCAUCUCCCGCAAUUCAUAGGCACAGCUUGAUACGAAAAACCAGCAACGGCUCUCAAGAGGUACCUAAAUUAAAUAGAAGUGCAAAUAGAGACCCAGAUAGAAUGUAUAAAAUUGUGUUGGCUGGAGAUGCAGCUGUUGGGAAAUCAUGUUUCAUAAUGAGGCUGUGUAAAGGAAAGUUCGUUAGUAAUCUCAGUUCGACAUUAGGUGUUGACUUUCAGACAAAGGUUCUAGAGGUAGAUGAUAAAACUGUAGCUUUACAACUGUGGGAUACUGCUGGCCAAGAAAGGUUCCGAAGUAUUGCUAAAUCUUAUUUCCGUCGAGCUGAUGGUGUGUUCCUCCUGUAUGAUUGUACAUAUGAGCGAUCAUUUCUUAGUAUCAGAGAGUGGGUUGAAGCAAUCGAGGAUGGUGCUCAAAAGAAAAUCCCAAUAAUGUUGAUUGGCAAUAAAACAGACAUGCGACCAGAGGCAGAAAAACAGGGAAGACGUGUGGUUGCUUCUAGUGUUGGACAAAAGUUGGCAAAGGAUGUCAGUGCUUUAUUCAUAGAAACUAGUGCUAAAGAUGGUUCUAACAUAACAGAGGCAAUAACCGAAUUAACAAGGUUAAUGCGAGCAAACGAGGACUUAGAGGUCAAGACUGUUGGGCUUCAGCUGCAUGAAAAACCAGAAGACAAACGAGCAUGCUGUGGACGUUGAAAUUUUGGAAUAUAUAUAAAUAUGUGCAUCAAUCAUACACUUGUUAAAUGUAACACAUGUACAAAUAUCAUUUUUAUUUAAACUGGUAAACAUAUCAUAUUUCAGACUAAUGAAGGGUAUGAGACCUAGUAUUGUAAUACAUGGGUCGGUUACAAGCAUUUAUUGUUUUGAACUUGAUGUAAAUAUUGUUAAUAUUUUUGUGUAAAAUUUUCAUUACGCAAUAGUGCAAUUAAUUGUUUUCCAAUUUAUGUCAUCCUUUGGUUUAGCUAUUUUGAUUGUGAAGAAUCAAAUGUUUGGUUUUGAGAUUAUCUACUUUUAAGGUAAAAUCAAGAGCUACCAAGGUAGCUAUAAAAACGAAAAAUAUUGAGUACAAGAAGACACCACCAUGUCCAAAUAAGGACGGAAAAGAAAAUAUGAACACUCCUUAAAAUAUGUAGCUUGAGCUACACCAACUCUCCGAAUGAUUGGUUGGAAUUUCAGGUCCUUUGGAUGUUGAUCUGCAAAGCAUAAAUCUAGGAAGCUAUAAGAUGAACUUUAUUGUACAGUAUUCAGCAAAGAAAAUAAUUAUAUUUUACAUCUUACGCAAUAGAUUGUUAAUAAUGUUACGUAUAUUUAUUUGCAAUAAUAUAGCUUUAUCUAAUUUUAUAAUAAUUACUGUACAUAAUAUAGAAUCAAUUGCCACAGUCAUGUAAAUAGAAAAAAAAUUGUUUAAGUACAAGACUUAAGUUGUUGGAUGAUGCUGGAAACAAUGUUGGUUUGAAUUAUAUUUACAUUCUUUAUUAUGUUAUAAAUACUGUUUAUUAAGUUAUUGUAAAUUUUUUAAUCAUUAUUGUUUUUCAAAAAUAAUGUUCACCUUAGAACAUAAGUGAAAAUUUGUAAAUUAUAUUCCCUGUUAUUGCCUGGUUUAAUACUGCUGAACAAUAGCAAAAAUUAUGGAAAUUUUUAUUGUGUUGCAUACAAAAGGAGUGUUUUUACACAAUGUCGAAUAUCAUAAAUAUUUGAAAAUGAACUGCACUCUCAAGCUCGUGCAAUAUUUAGUGCAAUGACCUUGAUAUUAUUAUGUCGACUAUAUUAGGUUUUAUUAAUGUUAUGCCCAAAAGUUUCCCAAUACAUCUGAAAUGACAAACAUAAAUUGAAGGAAAAGGUUCUUCAAAAUAUGUUGAAUUAUCACUGUUGCCGUCUUUCAUUUAAUGGUUUUACUUAUGAAAAAAAAUAUCAAUCAAUCAAUUUAGACAUUAAUCUCCAUUCAAUUCGCCAUUCAAAAAUUUUGAUUAUUAUGGGUAGGGUAUUUCUUUUUAUCCCAAAAAGAAAUCACGUGAGGCUGUAAACGUAUAUUUGUUCCGCCUAACAGAAGUUCCAAUGGAAACUUUGUUAUAAACAUUGUCAUAAUAUCUAUUCCUGUUGGAACAAAUAUUCUAUAACAAGUAUUCCGUUAGGAACAUAUACUGUAAUAUUUAUUCCUGUGGAAAUAAUAUUCCAGAAUAUAUUUUCCUUUUGGAACUUAUGUUAUGAAGACAGCUCUUUUCUAUUGAUUAGGGCAAGUUAUCAUAAACUAUUUUAACUUUUAAUGAGGCAAUACGAAACUGUGCAAUGACACAAUAUAACAUAUUAUGGACAUUUGUCUCUUGCUACUGUCCUUGAAAUAGCCUGACUGGUCAGUGCUUUCAAUUAACACGUUAUUAUUGUUAUAACCGUUAUUGUUAUGCUCCGCCCAUUUAGGAAUGAUCAGGUAAAUAACUUUUGUUGUUAUUUAUUUUAAUGUAUAUAUCAUCUAUUGUAAUCCAUUGUUAUUUAUUUAAAUGUAUAUAUCAUAUAUUGUAAUCCAUUGUUAUUUGGGUAAUUGUUACUGAGAGGAAACUUUCUGAAUGUCUUUCAUAUAUCAGCUUAUCAUUAACAUUAUAAUUCUUACAUACCUUUUGUUAGAUUUCAUAGUGGUUGAUCUUUUGAUUGUUGUUAUGAUAGUUACUUUGUUUUGAGUUGAACACAUCUGUGAAAUCCGUGAAAAUGUAAUUUAAAAGAUGAAACAAAGACAUUUUACACAGUUAUAUAGUUCAUAUCAUUAGAAAUGUAUGUAAAAUAUGCAUUUAAACCUUAACAAACUUUUAACUUGCAUUUCAAAAUUGUAACAGUGCUGCUGUUAUGUACUAUAAUACAUUAUAUUAGAACUAAUAAAACAGGCUUCUAAUACUAGUUACUGAUCUAGCUCGUAUGAUUUCGUCGUUUUCGUUACGAGGCCUUCAUUGCUGGUCUAAUCAAGUAGAGAUAGGAAAAACAUAUUUUCUGCCUAACCAGUUUUCACCACAUCUUAAUUCUACAGAAAAAAAGUCGACGACAAAAAUAUAUUUCCUACUUCCUACAAAGAUAAUGAUUCAUAUUCUUUUUUUAUCUCUGGUGUAAGACAUUGCAUGAUGUUUAUCAGGUGAAAAAAAUAUUUAAGCUAAUGUUUGAUUUUGUAAAAAGAUAAACAUUACAAGAUCUAUUGAUUUUGCCAUUUGAUAAGGAACUUUCCGUUUUGAAUUUUCCUAUGAGUUCAGUAUUUUGGGGAGAUUACUUUUUGCAAAACAGAUUUUUCUCUUUUAUUUUGCAUUGAAGAUCUCGUGUAAGCAGUUAUAAGAGAGAGUAGCAGCUUUUAAAAAUAUGCGCUAGAACAUUGUGGCAUUUAUCAUAUUCGGUAGAAAAUAUUAUUAUCGUAUCGCUCCUUGAUUAGACUGAUUUUUAUUUUAUAAAUUUUAACUCGAAACACUCUGUGAGAAAUGGUUGUAUUGAUAUCAUAAGCUAUAUUUCACAAUCCUGAGUGUCUUCUGUUACACAUGUUUCAUACUUUCAUGUUUUAGUUGUUGCUUCAAAGCAUAAAACAGAAAUAAAUGCUUUCCUUAUAUGUU